AUGGCAUCUGUGCUACAGAACGUCAAGGCCACGAUGUCCUGGCGGAAACACCACCUCCUGGGUGACUUUGAUGAGAAUGAGAGCUCUGUCCCUGACAAAUUCAGGACAAGGCCUUCUCUGAGUUCUCUCAAUACCAUCCGCAUGUCUCUACGGAAGCGAGUCCCACUAAAGCAAGUAGAGAUGGAUUUUCACAAGACCCCAACUUGGGAAAGCCUGGAAGCAAGACAGAAGUGCCAAACUCUUCAGACUCUCAGAAGAACAGCAAAAAAUGCUUUUGGAACAGUGUCCCAGAAAAUACAGAAGUCUUGCCAAAGCCCAGUGCGCUCCAAGGUGACCUUUCCAUCUGAAUCCACCAGCAGAAGCUGUGCCACCAAUUCUGCCAAGAAAAGAGGUACCACACCUCGAACUUCUUGCCUUAAGGAGUCAGCAGCCAGUUCCAAAGGCACCCCAAGAUCCAGCAAAAGAGCCUUGCUUAGGCCAAAGAGGCUGUCAGAACGCAGGGAAUGCAAGGGUUUGGCAUCCUGGUUUGGCAAAGAUGCUGUCUCUCUCCGGAGAUCAAGAAGAGCAGCAGCACUCAAGAGCCCUUAUUCAUCACCUGCUCCUAGCAGCAGAAAGAUAGAGUUUGACUAUGAGCUGGAGCUGGUUUCCUCCAGGAUCUGCCAGCUGAAGCACAUCUCCCAGGCAUUUGAUGAUGCUGCUGUGCAAGAGGACAGGUAA